UUAGCCAUGUUACUUUUGUUCAUGACCACCAUAAACCAAUGUUCCUCAGCCAGAACUCUUGGCAACUCAACUCAAAAUCACAACCAUGCCCAUCAUCACAGAAUAACAUUCUUGAUGAGGGAUAUCCUAAACAAUGUCACAGAUUCUAGGCCUCCAAAGAAACCUGCCACCACUAAGGUCACUGGUCAAUUACCCUUCCAAAAGCCCUUAGGCCUUUUCCCUCCCAAUGGAGCCAUUCCAAUACCACAAUCCACACAACAAACACUUGGUCUCUCUAAUUUUGGAUUCUCUUUCCCUACUAGAGCCACACUUCAAGAACUCGAGUUUGGAUCGGUAACCUCGAUAGACGAGGAAUUGCUUCAAGUGGGAGCUGAAUUAGAGAAACUUGGACAAGUGCAAGGUGUCUAUGUCGCGAGCUCAGGAGACAGAACUAGCCACAUGAUGGCUAUCACAGCAAGAUUUUUGAAGGGUGAUGAGUAUCAAGAUGGCCUCAAAAUCUUUGGAGUACGUAGGACCGACGUCUUAGAGUCGCAUGUUGCGGUCAUUGGAGGCACUGGAAAGUAUAAUGGUGCUAAUGGAUAUGCUACAGUUAAGGUUGUGGACAGAGUAGGGUCUAAUGCAGAAGGUGGAAAAGUCACAAGUUCUAAGUUCCUUUUGUUUGAUGUGUAUCUUAGUUAGUAGUUUCUAAACUAUCCAGAUAAAUAACAUUGUAAGCUGAAAUUACAUUUUCUUUACCAUGUUUUAAUUCUAAUGUGUCAUACUUUGAG